UGAGCGCGCUGGUGGGAAGCAUGUGGGCUUGUUUCAAGCAGCUGGGUCGGGCAGCCUUUGCUGCACUUCCACCGCGGACGGCAGUAAGGGCGAGCGGCGAUGGGCGAGGGCUGAGCCUGCUGGCUUGGAGCCGGCGGCAGAGCUUCGGGCGGCGGCUGGAACGGGCGGCAGGCGAUGGUCCGCUCUGCAGUUCUGGCUAUCUAGAAACAGAAAGAUUGAUUGUUUGCCAUUUUUGCAGUGCUGAAGAUCACAAUGUCUCCUACAGAGAACUGAGGGACUUGCUGGAAUCUAAGGCCAUUUUGCUUAUUGAUGUUAGAGAGAGAUGGGAAAUUAAUGAGUAUGGAAAAAUCCCUGGAUCCGUCAACAUUCCAUUGGGUGAGGUUGUGGAAGCUUUACAAAUGGACUCAGUUCAUUUUAAAGAAAAAUACAAUCAAGACAUGCCUUCUAAAUCAGACCAUAUAGUCUUUUCGUGUCUGGCAGGAGUGAGAAGCAAGCAAGCUUUAGCCACUGCAAAGUCUUUUGGUUUCUGCAGAGCUCAGCAGUAUGGAGGUGGCUUUCAAGAAUGGGCAGAACAUGAAUCUUCAGUGAAAAAAUGACUUCUAGAAUAAUUAUUCACCAUCUUGCAACUAUACAGGUUAUGGCUAACACCCUUAUCUUAAAGAUCUAUACACAUUCGUAACCUUGGAAUGUCUUAGACAGUAAGAAAGAAUUGAGGCCUGUUUCCAGUAUUCACCCUGACUUUUCAACUUUAUGGAAAUCUUUACAAAGAUGCAAAAGUUUGAAAAUGCACUCUUAAAUAAAAUGUUCUAUUGUAACUUAAGAAAUUUGCAAUCAUAAUUUGUUUUAAGAACUGAAUGGAUUUUGACUUGAAACACAUUGGAUUAGAAUGAUGUUUCAUCAUUCUCAUUUCUGCUUUUCUCACUGAUUUCAGUGAGGCUACUCUAAAAUUGUCUGCAUCAAACCAUUGGAAGUAAAUUGUAUGUAGGAAAUCUUUAAUCACAAUCUCAGAUUUUUUUAAAUUAUAAAGCUAGUAAUGAUAGGCCAGAAAGAAAAUAUGUUGCUUAAAGCAUUAGCUACACAUGAAUGGAACUCAGAUAUUUAGCGACUGUGCCCUGAGUUUCCUUUUCUUGCUUGAGUUUUUGUAUUAAACAAUCGUAGAAAUUUUUAUUGGCACAUGCUUUUCUCCAAGCAGGGAUCAAAUCAGAAAUUUUAUAUACUAAUGCAGAUUCCAUCAGAGUUACUAAUGCUUAUCAGCUACCAUUAAACAGAAGCAGCAUCUCCUUCUAGUUAGGUAUCUUCAUUGGUCUUUUGAGUUUCACUUUAUACCCACACACCCUUCUCUCUACCUGAUUUAUGUAAUACCAUAAAUACAGUGUUUAUUUUUAAUUAUGGAAUUAAAAAAAUAUAGUCAAAACUGUCAA